UAAAUGCGUACAUGUUUAAUAUAAUGACAUGAAGACGAAUUAUAACUCAAAGUGAAAUUUCUCGAAUUUUGUUUGGAUGACUUGUAUUUGAGUCGAAGAGUAACUCAGAGUUGAGCUUAGAAUGGGUUCAACCACACGAGCUGUGAAUUUCUCGAAUUUUCCACGCUCGGUUCUCACUCUCUAUCAUCAUCUUCUCGUCAGACUUCAACAACACAGUGCUUCUCCUAACAGGUUAAAGGUUUCGAAGUGUCGAGAUGAAAAUUGCGAUGAUUUUUUGCCCUGGUUGGAGAAGAAGGCUGGAGCACAGGUUUCUUCCGUGCUUUCUAUUGGAAAAUCUGAUUAUGGAAGGUCCCUGUUUGCUUGUAAGACCAUACAAGCUGGAGAUUGCCUACUGAAAGUUCCUUUCACUGCGCAAAUAUCUCCGGACAAUGUCCUUCCUGAAAUCAAGCCCUUGCUCGCUGAUGCUGUAGGAACUGUAGCAAAACUUGCAGUUGUAAUUCUAGUUGAGCAGAAAAAAGGUCAGAGUUCUGAAUGGGCUCCUUACAUCUCUCGUCUUCCUCGGCAUGGAGAGUUGCAUAGCACGAUAUUUUGGUGCGAAAACGAGUUGGAAAUGAUACGACAAAGUUCACUAUACCAGGAGACAAUUAACCAAGAAGCUAAAAUUAGAAAAGAUUAUUUGGCCAUUAAACCAGCUUUUGAUCACUUUUCUGAAGUAUUUAAGGCUGUCAAAUUUGAGGACUUCAAACAUGCCUAUGCUUUAGUUGCUUCUCGAGCAUGGGAAAGCAUGCAAGGACAAUCGCUGAUUCCAUUUGCGGACUUUUCAAAUCAUGAUGGACUCUCUGAGUCUGUUGUUCUAUGUGAUGAAAAAGAACAAGUGUCGGAGGUUAUCGCUGAUCGGGAUUAUGUUCCAGGUGAAGAGGUUUUAAUACGUUAUGGAAAGUUUCCAAACUCAAUGCUUUUGUUGCACUUUGGAUUUACAGCUCCAUGUAACAUUUAUGACCAGGUUUGCGUGCAUGUUGAUAUACCUUACAAUGAUAAUUUACGAGAAAUGAAGUUGGAUCUUCUGCAAAAGUGUUGUUUGCCAAAGGUCAAGGAUGCAAACAUCAGUUCUUCGGGUGGCUCUUUUGUGAUAAAGGAAGUGAGGUCAUCUAGAGGAAAAGGAAAAGGAAUUCCACAGUCACUCCGUGCAUUUUCUCGUGUCCUGUGUUGUACCUCUGCUCAAGAGCUGACUGACCUUGCUGUGGAAGCUGUUCAAGGUGAUGGCCGGCUGGCACGACGUCCUUUGGUUAAGAGGAGCUUGGAGAUACGGGCACAUGAGAUCUUGCUCUCGCUAAUAGAUGAGUUGAUUCAGAAAUAUAAUAUGUCAAUUUCUGCUCUACACGUUCUAGAAUCCACCAACUGCAGGAAGUUUGCUAUCAGACGGCAAAUGGCUCUAGAUCUUCUCACUGGGGAGGUUCGUGUCCUGAGAUCUGCUUCUGCAUGGCUGAAGAAUUAUUGUGAGUCUUAUCCAGAGCAAGCAAAACCAUUGUAAACCCUUCACAUAUACAGCCACAAUGAUGAAUGACAAUUCAAAUCAUAGAUAUCAAAGCUGCAUGUGCGAUGUUGAAUGAUGAGAUUUGUUGUAGGAAUUGUGGUGACCAUGGUCAUUUUUUUGAUCUAAAUCAUCCAACGGAGUCCAAGAAUAUCUAACAUGUGGUAAAUAUGAAAACAUUGUACAUGACUUCAGAAGUUUGCGAUGUAUCUAACAUUUUGUCAUAUGUAGAUGUAUCUCAUAUUUGAUCAUAUGUAAAUGGUACGAAGGAUUGCUGAAGGAGAAUUCCUAAUGUA